UUGAAUAAACAUGUAACGCUCCACGAUAACCAGUUUGGAUUUCGUCCUCGCUUGUCCACUGAAAGCGCCAUAUUGUGUCUAAAGCAAACCGUCAAAUACUACACUGAUCGCAGGACGCCUGUGUACGCGUGCUUCCUCGACCUAUCCAAGGCCUUUGACCUGGUGACAUAUAACCUGCUGUGGGACAGGCUGCAAAGCAUAGGCUUGCCUCAAGAACUUAUCAGCAUGUUUCGGUACUGGUACGCAAACCAGGCCAAUAGUGUCAGGUGGGCGGGGGUAAUGUCGGAUCCGUAUCGGCUUGAGUGUGGAGUCAGGCAAGGUGGCUUAACAUCACCAACCCUAUUCAAUCUAUACAUCAACGGGCUGAUCGUAGCGCUUAGCAGUCAGCAUGUCGGCUGCCACAUUGACGGUGUUUGUGUCAAUAAUCUGAGUUACGCAGACGACAUGGUGCUGCUGAGUGCAUCGGUCUGCGGCCUGAGGAAGCUGAUACGGAAAUGCGAGGAAUAUGCAUGUGGUCACGGAUUAUUGUAUAAUGUCAGAAAGAGUCAAUACAUGAUCUUUGAGGCCGCUGGUGCGAAAUGUCCUGAUAAUAUACCUCAAAUAAAAUUGAAUGGUGUACCCCUGGAAAGGGUUAAACAGUUUGAGUAUCUGGGGCAUUUACUCACCUUCGACCUAAGGGAUCACGCUGAUAUGGACCGGGAACGGAGGGCGCUGUCGGUCAGAGCUAACAUGAUCGCCCGUAGGUUUGCGCGGUGUUCAAAGGAGGUCAAGGUUACACUCUUCCGAGCGUUCUGUACAUCGCUCUACUCGUGCAGCUUAUGGGCUAAUUACAGUAGGAAGAGUUACAGCGUCCUCCGCGUCCAAUACAAUAAUGCGUUUAGGGCGGUGAUGGGGUUGCCUCGGUUUUGUAGCGCCUCUGGUAUGUUUGCGGAUGCGCGCACCGAUUGCUUCAAUGCCACCAUGCGCAAGCGGGCCGCGUCCCUGGUGCGCAGAGUGCGGGCCAGCUCCAACACUGUCUUAGCGAUGAUCUCAGGAAGGUUAGACUGUUAUAUUAUCCGGCAUUGUUGCGAAAGGCAUGUCGCAGACCAGCUGCCUCUGAGAAAGUAUUGA